AGAUAUUAGAUAAUAGUAAAUAAUAAAACAAUAAAUAAUUAAAUAAAUCGACAAUUCAACGAACCAACAUAUUUUCAUAUUUGGGCGGCCGAUGCGGAGGAGAGCUUAGCGUCACCGCCAUGCCGUUCUCCGACUCCUCCGCCGCAUCAUCCGAUCCGGCUCCGCCGCCCCCGCCGCCGCCGCAGCCGCAGCCGCAGCCGCGGCCGCAUGAGAACGGCAGCGGCGAGGCCUCCGACGCGGCGGAGCGCCGCCUCCGGGAGGCGGAGGAGAGGCUGAGGGAGGCGAUCGAGGAGCUGCAGCGCCACCACGCGCGGCGGGGCCCCGGCGGCGGCGAUCGCCCCGAGUGCGAACACGGCGACGGAUCGUGCGCGGCUCACGCGAUCGGGAACCUGUGCCAGAGUUUUCUCCUCUCCUAUGGGGUUAGGGUUGGGAUCGGGAUCCUGCUUCGCGCGUUCAAGCUCGCGCGGCGGAAAUCUUAUUCGUCGAUCCUUGAUCUCAAGCAACUUGUUUCGGAGAAAGACUUGAUAGUAAGGGAAGAAGCUUGUCGGGUUGGAUUGCUUUUCGGGGGCUUUACUGGAUCUUAUCAUGCUCUUAGAUGUUUCUUGAGGAGAAUUCGAAGGAAAGAAACGCCAUUAAAUGCAAUCUUAGCAGGUUCGGUUGCUGGCUUGUCUAUAUUUGCACUAGAUGAUUCAAGUCGGAGGCGUACGCUUGCUUUAUAUCUUUUAGCUAGGCUUGGUCAGUGUGCAUAUAAUUCGGCAAAGUCCAAAAAUAAGUUUCACCUUUGGGGAAGUCAUUGGGGGCAUGGAGAUUCUUUACUCUUUUCCUUGGCAUGUGCUCAGGUCAUGUAUGCUUUUGUUAUGCGACCCGAGAGCUUGCCUAAAUCAUACCAAGAUUUUAUUCAAAAGACUGGACCAGUUGCAGAGCCUGUGUAUAAGGCUGUAAGGGAGUGCUGUAGAGGUGGCCCUGUGGAUAUUGUUGCUCUGUCAACCUAUCUAUCAAACAAGAAGGGUUCCGGCUCUUUAAAAUUAACAGAAUAUCCCGCCAUUAUUCCAUGCUCUAUAAUUCAUCCUGAUUCAAGCUCUUGCUUAGCUCACAAUGCCACUGCUUUUUCGGCAACAUUCAAGAAAACCUUCCCCCUCUAUUUCUCAUUGACAUUUGUACCAUUUGUUGUUCUCCGUCUCCAAAAGUUCUUGGAAUCUCCUGCUCUGACCUGUUGGCGUGCUGCCGUGGGUGCUGUUCGCUCAACUACAUUUUUGUCUGCUUUUGUUAGUAUUUUCCAGGGUGCUAUCUGUUUACACCGAAACGUGGCUAUCAAAGAUCACAAACUAGUAUAUUGGUUUGCUGGUGGAUUAGCUGCGCUUUCCGUUCUUUUGGAAAAGAAAGCUAGACGAGGGGAGUUGGCCCUCUAUGUUCUUCCUCGUGCUGGAGACUCGUUAUGGUAUAUCUUAAUUAACCGCCACCUAUUCCCAGACAUAAAAAAUGCAGAGGUGGCUCUUUUUUGCCUUUGCAUGGGAGGAAUCAUGUACUAUUUAGAGCAUGAACCGGACACCAUGGCUCCCUUUCUCAGGGGCCUCAUCCGUAGAUUCCUUGCCAGCAGAAUAAGCAAUCCGAGUUCAUCCUCCAACCGUAACCCAUCCUACUCUUACUUGCAAACGCUAGGUGGAACCGAGAAUCAAAAAUCCCAUGAGGACAAAAAAGAUAAUGAAGCUGCACACUCUGCAAAAUACAGUCUUGAUUCAAUUCCAGGUCUUUAGACAUUGAUAUAUGUGAUGAAUCUAAUUGCUGCUGCAAUUUUGGAGCCAAUAAAUGCGACUCCUAUUUGUCAAGUGCAAAAAUUGCCAUUCGUUCAUUUUUGCAUUGAGUCAUCCAAUUUCUAUGGAUGAUGGAUUUUCUUCUUUUGUUGUUGGCUUCUUUUCUCUAACAGAUGAUAAAAAGAGAAUUAUAUGGUGUGUUCUGGAUGCAUGUACUGUAUGAAAAAUAUCAUGUAUUUGGAAGUUGAUGUAAGAAAUUAAGGAAUAGCUUUUUCUUUUUUGUUGUUGAAAUUUUGUAAGCUGUUCUUCAAUAUUUGAGGUUGAUUGACAAAGGAAACUAACUACAUGUAGCUGGACCGCUGUGAAUGGUGGAACUAGCUUCUUUUUUUUUCUUUUUUUUUUUU